AUGAGCUCGCUGAUCGUGUUCUCGGAUCUGCUCGAGAUUGAUCUGGCGCUGCGACGUAGGCUACGGUUAUCAGAGUUCCCCCUUGACCCCGUCAAGCUUUCCCCCCGUCGUCCUCGAGCAGGUCUCGCUUGUUUGCCGCUGCUGCAAAACAUUGGUCGGCAGCGGGACUACGCCCGCCGUUCGUUCUCUACACUCCGACUCGUCAGGCAGGUCCUGAUCCAUGGUGACUUCCUGCGUCGCAUGUCUGCUAUUAGCUCGCUCGCAAAGCAUUCGAUUCGAGGCCCGGGGAAUCCGUGGGUGGAACAAUACUUGGCCCAUCCUGAUUAUCGUGUGAUCUCCGCGUUCUUCUUAGGCUGGGUGUUUUUUGAAAGUGCACGCCGUAUCCUGCUUUCCACCUUUGUCUUUCAGUUUCUUCGGUGGUGCGGAGAACAUCUUCGCCUAUACAACUUGCGGAGAGGCUUCAGGCAAACGCCCCCGGACCUUGAAGCUUCUGCGCCCCAGAGAUCACCAGUAUACAUGGAUAGGAACAAUGUACAUGCCACUCUACGUCAUCUCGACGAAGACGUAUAUGUCUUCAUUCUAAAUACUUGCUUCGCCUUCUCGAGCGUUGCCCAAUUCGCCUCUUUGAUCAAAUUUGGACCUCACAAUGGUGAUGUUGGUUGCACGUUCGUCAUUGCAUGGGGAAGUAUGGCGUCCCAGACAGCGCGCCUCGUAGGCCUGCUCAUGCUUGGUCUCGAAUUGAAAAGGCUUCGUAUCAAGCCUUGGGAAGUAUACGCACUUUGGAUUGGCCUCGUAGUCGCUCUCGGCAUUGCAUUUGCAAUGAAUGCAACGAGCACUGGGAAUACAAGCAUAGUGCCUGGGCUGAAUUUCUCCAUCUGUUAUAGGCAGCUCUAUUUGCCAACAUGCCUUGCAUCUUCGCUUACAAUGAUAUCCCUGGAGGUCUAUGUCUGCAUCCGGCUCAUUUGUUUCAAAUUCUCAGUUACACGGCCUCGUUACCUCUUGUGGGCCGUUAUUACAGAUAUCGGUAUUCUGCGGAUCGCCAGUCUAUUGGUACUUGACCUCCUCACAGUGGUACCCGCUACUGUAUUCUCGAAUCCCUUGGCGGAGUUCAUCCCCUUCAGCGCUGGCGCUUUACUUGUCAUAGUGCUAUUCGGUCGUGCUGAGCGAACCCAAGAUCUCAGCAAGACAGCAUUUCUUCAUACCGCCGCCUUUGAAUCGCAUUUACCUCAGUCUGCGCGCAAAGACUACGAGGGUUCAGACGAGGCCGGAAAUCAAGAUGGGCGAGGGCAUACAAUACUCCCAAUCUCCGCAGCAUCUAAUGCUCCAGAUGUUCCAAGUGGAAUGGAUGAUAUCUUGCACAUUACAGGUGCUCCUCGUAAGAUCUUGCCAUCUCAAACCGAAGCUGCGGAGCAAUUCGAAAAAGAGCUUGUGCCAUCGGGACUCGUUAUGCGACGUCCGCGAGAACGCCCUCGUGUGUUUGUGGUAAUACAUGAGGAAUCUCCAGAAAAUGCACCGCCUAACUCGUCACAAAAUCGCGGGUCCAUUCUUGGUUCAGACAUUAUCAGGCGAACCUCUCUUAGAGACAUGAAUACCACCCUGCUCUCCCCGGAGUCACUUGUACGGUCGUCGUAUAAAUCCCCUUCUACUGCCAAUUCCCUCCUCAGUCCAGAUAUCGUUCCGUGGACCCCGCGUAAGAGACGCAGGGAUUCGCUGUGGUCUCCUGAUUCCGGACAGUCAUCACACGGCCUUACCUCUCCGGAUGAUGCUGUAGAGCGUUCAGUUCUGCGCGACUCCACUGUGUCUCAGACUACAUAUUAUCGCCGUUCCCGCGCUUCUCUUUCGAGUGACAUGGACAACGCAGGAUCGGAUCGGCGUGGAAGCUACAGCACGAUUUCGUCAACUCGUGUUGAUCUAGUCCGAGGGCAUUCUAGGCGAAUACCACCCCGUUAUUCCCUCGCUUCUCGCACAGCAUCUGGAGAGGAACUUCCUACAGUGAUGGAAGGACUGUCUCACGGAGAUUCUUCCCGGCAAGCUUCUACUCGAAGAAGCAGAAGAAGGACAUUCGGUCAGCCGUCGCCGAGGAAAAGCAGAGCCUCAGCCCACUCACCUAUGCCUCAACUACCACCGCUGCCCCAGUUCCCGGUUUUGCAGGAUCAAUCUUUCGCUGUUCCACCACCUCUGGAGAAUAACGUGACAGACAUUGGCGAUGAACUUUCACCACGCGAGCUCCCAACUGAGACGAGGUUUGACAGGUCAACCUUCUUACAACCUCAAGGGAUCGCCGCUGGACAUUCCGCACUCUCUGUUGCGGCGGCCGAUGUCCAUGCAUCUCAAUGA